AUGACAAACGACAAAUCUUGGACCACAUUGCGAAAUCGUAGAUGUCCACAAUAUUGGGCUGGUCUAAAUGCAUUUUUAGAGAUGGCCUCGAAAUGUAAAGAUUGUGAUGGUAGAAUUAGGUGCCCAUGUGUAAGAUGUGUGAACAAUAGGCUUCAAACUUUACCUGUUGUGAAAGCACAUAUAUUCGAUUGGGGUUUUUUUACUGGUUACGAGAAGCGGACUUACCACGGGGAAGCAGAAUCUAGUGCGACUAAUGCAAUGAAUGACCAUGAUGCCGCUGAUGAUGAUACUGAAAUUGACGAGAUGAUUCCGAUAGUGGAUGACUUCCUUCAGCCGUCAUUCGAAAUGGAUGAUAAUCCAGAUGUAAAUCAAUGGCGCGACGAAUUAUUUGAAGAAAUUGAGGCCGAGUUGUAUCCUUGUUGUGAUUGGAUAUCUUCUCUUAACUUUUUGGCAAAGUUAUUGCAUUUGAAAGUUAGGGGAAAGAUUCCUAACAACAUAUUUGAUGAAUUACUGAAGUUAUUAAAAUUUGCUUUUCCAAAGGAAAAUAAAAUUCCAUCAAACUAUUAUGAUGCCAAGAAAAAAUUGAAAAAAUUAGGGUUGGGGUAUGAGUCAAUUCAUGUAUGCAAGCACAAUUGCUGUUUAUUUUACAAUGAACAUGCAAAUGAAGAUUCAUGUCCAGUCGGUGGCACUAGUAGAUGGAUAACUUCAGAAAAUUUAGGAGCAAAAAAGGUGCCUCAUAAGGUGAUGCGUUACUUUCCGUUAAUUCCGCGACUGAAGAGACUCUAUACUUCAAAGCAUACGGCAAAAUACAUGGUAUGGCACCACAGUGGUAAAUCAAAAGAAGAGGGUGUAAUGCGACACCCUGUGGAUGGUGCAGCGUGGAAGGACUUUGAUGCCAAACACCCUGAUUUUGCUAGUGAACCUCGAAAUGUUCGUCUCGGUUUAGCUGCCGAUGGCUUUAAUCCAUUUGGCAACAUGAGCCAAGCUUACAGUAUGUGGCCUGUAGUUUUGGCGAACUAUAAUCUUCCACCUUGGUUAUGUAUGAAAGAUAAUAAUUUUAUGUUGACCAUUCUUAUUCCUGGAGAUAAAUCACCCGGAAUGGACAUAGACAUAUUUUUAAGACCCUUGGUGGAUGAGUUGAAGGAGUUGUGGGUUAACGGAGUAGAUACGAGAGAUUGUCGAACCAACACUGUCUUCAAGUUGCGUGCAGCUCUUUUGUGGACAGUGAAUGAUUUUCCUGCUCGUAGUUAUUUGUCUGGUUGGAGUGGUCAGGGAUAUAAAGCUUGUCCUACUUGCAAUGAAGAUACAUCUUCUAUUCGAGUAAUUGGUAAGACAUCUUACGUGGGUCAUAGAAGAUUUUUGCCAAAUAACCAUCGAAUGAGAAGGGAUACUCAAUUUGACGGCCAAAUUGAGAGAAGACCUCCUUUAAGAUGUUUUACUUGUGAAGAAGUAUUAGAACAAGUAAACAAACUCCCACCCCACCUCCCAGGAAAUCAUGAGCUCUUGGUGGUGUGA